AUGGAUUAUUUUAAUGAUAUAUUUGAUGUUCCAGAUGAUUUGUCUGACAAUGAUGAUCAUAAUACUACUGAAGAUACCAAUAAAAUAUUAGAAGAAUACAAUGAAGAUUUUGAUUUUAAUUAUCUGAACACAAAUGUAGAUCAUGAAGUAAUGAUUAUUGAACAGGAUGAUAUCACGACUAAUGAUAAUCAAAUAGUUCAACAACAAAUUCUAUCACAAAAAUUAAGUCAAAUAUCGACAAACAAUGAUACUGAUGAUGUUCCAAUAGAAAAUACAGUUAAUGAUAAAAUCAAACGAUCAAUAAGUACAUCAUCGACUUUAGAUAUUGUUUCGAAGAAAUUUCGAUCAUUAGAAGAAGAUGAUGAGAAUGAUGAUGGUGAUGAGAAAGAAAAACUACCAACAUAUUUACAAUCAACUAGUACCUUCUUAAAUAAAUUCAUGACUGAUGAUAUAAUAAAUCGUAUAUCAACAACAAUUGCUAUCGAAGAUUUAAGGCAAUUAGCUAUCUUGAAACAUAAGAUCAGUAUGAUUAGUAUACGUCAACAACUAUGGACAAUUUAUUUAAAAUCAGGUAUGGGUCAAUGGAAAACAGAUGAAAGUCAUCGAAUAGAUGUUAAUCGACGAAUUUGGCCAGAUGAAGUUCUUACUAUAAUGUCAUUAAAGUUAAAGAAUAAUAAUAAUAAUAAAAAUCAAGAUGAACAAAAAUUAUGUGAAGAGAUUGUUUAUGAAUAUUUGGAAGACUUCAAUAAAGCUACGAUAUAUUAUUGUGAAGAAUUUGCAAAAAGAAAAAAUAAUUUAAUUGGUUUUACUGAUGAAAUCGAGAAGAGCAUUGAAACAUUUGUUCAACAACAUGGUAUACAAUCACAGCAAAUGAAAUUGAAUUAUAAAACGACUAUAUUAAAAUAUGGGUAUGAUGAUCAAAUUCUUCAACGUGAAUAUUUACGAACUAACCCAACAAAAUAUCAACAAGAUAUGGGUGAUCGUCUAUAUGAAUUAAGAUAUGAAUAUGUAAAAUCUAAACAAGAAUUAAUUGAAUUAAAACGACGUCUUCUAUGUAAUAAACCAUCAGCAAACUCGAUGAAUCCUAUGUUAUUGUCAAAGCUAACAUCUAAAAUUGUUGAUACAAUGACAAUGAAUGCGAAUUCAACUCAAUUAGAUCAACAAGAAAAAGAAUUACAACAACAUAUAACGGAUUCAAUAGCUUUAUCAAUGUCUGAAGCGGAAAUCAAAAUAUAUGAAGAUGGAAUAUCAUUAAAUGAACUAGCUAGUCCAAUAGUCAUUGAUGACAAUAAGAAUGAAAGUUUAAGUGGAUAUCAAGUCGAUCUUAUAUUUCGGCGCUUUACAAUUAUCAAUAAAAAAUUAGAAUAUAUAGGUCAAUUUAGAAUGAAUUAUUAUCUACGAAGUUCUAAUCAUGAUAUCGAACAAGAACGUAUAAAUAAUGGUAUAAUUCUUUCUUGUUCACCAACAAUAUUUAUUGAUACAUCAGUACAUCAUCGUCCUCUAUCAACUGAACAACUAAAACUUUUAAAUCGUGGACCUACAUAUGUGCCACCAUGUCAAUCCUAUGUUUCAUUGCCAUCAUUCGAAUCACCCGACUCUUUGAUUGAUAGAACAAAAAAUCAAUAUAAAGUAUUACAACAUGAAUUAAAUAUUCUAUUUCCAAAAUAUAACAAAAAUCAACUUGAAUCUGCAAAUAUCAAUAAACAAAUUAAAGAUCUAUACGUUAACAUGUUUUCUACUUCGUUAACAUCGACGAUUCGUCAACGUGCUAAAUAUGAAAAAGAAUUAGUGCAAUCGAUUCGAAUCUAUCUCAAAGAAAAUAAUUUAAUUUUACGACGAACAACUGAUCAAAGAAAUAAUUUCUACCUUGGCAAUAGAAAAGAUUUUGAAGACAAAGCUAAUCAAUAUACAAUGGAUACAUAUGAUUUUGAAUAUUGUCAAGAUGUCGAUGAAACCAAUCUUCGACAAACAUACAAAUAUUUAAAUGAGAUUGUAAGAUCAAUAAACUCAGAUAUAAAAAAAAUGUUUGAUAGUAAAAAAGGUAAAGACAAUGAUCCAAUGAAAUUACAUAUCGAUUUUGAUCAAAUUCAAUUAUCAUAUUUAUAUUUUUUACCUGAUGUUUCUAAAAGAAAUGAUAUAUCGUUAAAAGCAAUCAUAACAGGAUCAUCUAAAUCUAGUAUAACAUCACGAUUGUCUCAAUUUUUAGAUGAAUUACUUCGACCUAUUACUCAACGUGCUAUAGAACCAACUACAUUUAUCAAUGGUAUUGAUUUUCUUCAAAAACUAAAUCUAUACAUUAAUGAUAAGAAGAAUGAUUUUAAUUCAAAAACAAUGUUGGUAACAAUUACUAUUAAAAAUUAUCAUACUAUGAUACCUCAUGGAAAAAUGCUUACAACCCUCGAAAAUUUUCUAAACGAUCAACUCGGUUAUUCGGCGUUUGUAGGAAAUAUUUCUCAAAGAAAAGCUCUCGAUUUAACAGGAUUAUUUUUAAGAAAUAAUUAUUUUUAUUAUAAUAAUAAAAUAUAUCGUUGUACAAAAGGUAGUCCAAAAGAUUUAGUAUUGAGUGAAACAUUAUGUCACAUCUAUGCAUUCCAUUGGCAAAAAUUAUUAUUAGAAAAACUUUCAUUACAAACACAGUUUUAUGGCAGAUGUCAAAAUCAAAUCUUUUUUACAUGGAAUCGAUCAACAAAUACACUUCGUGAAAUUCUUCAAACUUUUGGUAGUGAACAUGCACAUAUAGAAUUUGAUAUAAAAAUAGAUUCAACUGUUCCAUUCUUAGAUGUACAUGUUGAAAAUUAUCAUGGUACAUUGUUUACUCGGGUUUAUCAUGAUUCAAACAGUCAAAAAUAUACUUUACCGUAUGUAAUUGGUAAUUCUAGAAGCGCACAUAGUCAUUGGUUACGAUCGGCACUCAUACGUGCAGUUCGUUAUUGUAUAUCUGUCUAUGAUUUUAAUCAAGAACGACUUUAUUUACAAGCAACUUGUUUAGUUAAUGGUUAUUCAUUAGAAUUUGUUGAUGAUCGUAUUCGUCAUUUUUUUAAACAUUUUGAUGGUGUAUCACUUCUUUCAGUUUUAAAUCAAGAUGAAUAUGAUAAACUUCGUCGUCGUCUAAUGAAUUAUAUAAAUGAACAAAAAGAAUAUAAUUUGAAAAAUAAAGAAUUAGAGAAGAAUAAACAAUUGAUUCGAUUGAAUUAUUUACAUGAAUUUGGUCCGAAAUACGAAUUUAAUAGACAAUUAAAAGAAAUCUUAUCAAACAAUUUGGUCGACAAAAAGAUUCCUUUUAUAAAACAACAAUUAACGAUUAAUCUUAAAACUAUCCAUCAAUAUUCAUUAAACGGUUUAUUAAGUCAACAAAAACCAUCUCAUCCAUUAUUCAAUAAAGAGAAAAUGUUUUUUUAA